AUGCCAGCGCCAUCACGCCUGAAGAAGCAUGGACGCAUGGGAAGGUACUAACUCUCUUUAAAAAAAUCAAAAAUUCACUUCACUAUGACAACAAUUUAUUCAUUUUUAGCCACAUCGAAAAGUCCAGUCUUCAAGUGAACAAGCUGUCGACGACAUCCACGACUUUCUUGAUGCUGUUCAAAAAUGAGACCGAAAAGAACCAGAAAAGAAAAAUGGAAGCUUGGAGUGAGUUAUUUUUAUUUAAUUUUAAAAUUAUUUCAAAAACUCGCUUUGCAGACGGCCAUGAAAGAAAACGCCGCAAGGACGAAGACGAAGACGAAGCUGAAAAAGCAAGCCAGUUCUCGAGUUCCGGGCGGUGGUCAACAUCGCAGCUUUCAAAAAUUUGGCGUCGAUGAACAAGCGCAGCAGAAGUUUUUACGAGCGUCAUCGACGAAUCAACGAGCAGACGGCGAGCCCAAUUGAGGUUCUUUAACUUAAAUUCAAUUUCAUUUCAAAACGGUGAACAAAAAGAAAUAGAUUGAAAAUGCUGUAAAAAUCAACGUUUCAAAAUAGUCAAUCGGUCACUAAAAUAUCAAAACAUUUUUUAUUUUCAGGGAAACGAAGAAGCCAAUUUUGAAGUUCGUUUCUGGAACAGCUACAGGCAAAUCUUUCCUCAUCAAUAUGUUGGCUGAUCAGCUGACAAUGAAGUACACCAAGCCGAAGACUGCUGCAACAAGCCCGGCUGUACUUUUGGCAGCUCCGACCGGUUUGGCUGCUUUGAACAUUCGAGGAAGCACUAUCCACAGCCUCUUCAGCAUUGAAGUGAUUUUUUUUCCAAUCAAUUUUUUUUUCUUUUAAAGUUUUCAAAAAAAUUAAAGUUUUGCAGGUUCAACACGGCCGAAUGCUCGACUUCAAAGGAACAGACUUCGAAGAUGCAGGAAGCUCGCGGGAACUGCUCAGGAACGUCAAGCUCGUGAUUAUGGACGAGGUUUCGAUGUGCUCCAACAUCAUUCUGGCGAAGCUUCACCUGCGGCUGCAGCAAAUCAAAGGAAACCGCGAGUUGUUUGGAGGCGUCAACAUCAUUGCUUUUGGCGACCUGCUCCAAUUGCCACCGGUUCUUGCCAAACCAGUAUUUGAAGCUUUGAAGCCAGAAGUUGUCGGCGAAGUUUUUGGCAGCAUAGCUUCACCAAUCAACUUGUGGAGAAUGUUCGAGUAUCAAGAACUCACCAUGAACAUGCGCCAAAAAGAAGACACGAAAUUCGGUGAAGUGAUGGGACGACUGCGAAUCGACAUGUUGGACGCAGAAGACGUGGAUUUCCUGAAGACUCGAUUAAUCAAAAAAAUCAAGAAGAACGUUGAUGAUGAUGACGAGUCAAGCACGAUCGAAGAAGCUGCCGAGUACUACUUGCGAAUUCUGGAUGAAGACCCAACGACAAUCGCACUUUUCUCGACCAACGACGAGGUGUCGCACUUCAACGACACGAUUUUGAGCCAGCUUGGAAUGAAAACCUUCACAGUUCUGGCCGAAGACGUCAACGAAGCCUCGGCAAUGGACGACAUUCUGGACGGAGAAACGGCAAAGGAUCGAGUGAGGAAAAGCCGAAUUUAUCAAAGAAACGAGUUCUCGAUUGUGAAAAAGGUAACGCGAUUCAAAAACAAUUUCCUACAAUUUCCACUUUUCAGAAAAAGAAGUCGUCCAAACUGAAGCCAAUCCUCAAAGAAGAAGACCCCACCGGCAGGCUUUGUGGAGGAUUGGCAGCAAAACUGACACUGGCAGAAAACGCGCGUGUCAUGCUGAGACAGAAAUUUGGACGUUGGAAAAGUUGAAUUUUUUUUAAUUUGAUUGAAUAUACUUAUCUCACCUCGAAAACGCCAUUUCAAAUUUUUAAAAUGAGUAAAAACUCAAAAAUCGAAAUUAGAAGCUUUGAGAGGCUAUUUUUAAACACUUAUUUUUUUCUUUUCAGGACUUGUCAACGGAGCUCAAGGGUAUCUGAGAACCGUCAAGAGACGUUCUGGCGAAGUUGUCAGCCUUGGAGUCGUGUUUGACGGCUUCAAAAAGGAAACAAAAAUCGAAAGAGUGAAUGCCGUUUUCAACGUCAGUCGCGAUGAAAGACGCCGACGUUCGCAAUUUCCCUUGACGAUAGCUUAUGCUGCGACUGUUCACAAAAGUCAAGGUCAAUUUGAAAAUUUCGAAAUUGAAAGUAGAAUUUUUUUUUGCAGGAAUGACAGUCAAUCACGCCGUAAUUUCAACAAGAUCCAUGUUUUCGCCCGGCCAGCUCUUCGUGGCUUUCAGUCGUGUACGUUCGCUUGCCGGACUUCACCUGAUCGACUUCUUCCCGCACAAAGUCUCCUGUCACCGCGAAUCGGUGCUUGAGACGAACCGUUUGCGAGCCACAAUCGGUCUUCCAUCGCUGGACGUUCCUCCAGAGCCCGUCAAAAAGAGAGAGAAAAAAGUUGUCAAAAGUUAG